GUGUGUGUGUGAGAGAGAUGGGGAGAGACAGACAGAGAGGGGAGAGAGUGUGUGGGCGGGACAAGGACACAGAAGGGAGGGAUCAUGCCAUGGUUGAGACAUUCACUACAUGACUCAACCUACCAUAUACCAGUUACCUAGUAAUGACAGAACACACUAACAACAAAACUGUUGGAUUUCACUGGAUACUUAAUUACCAUAUUCCCUAACUGCCGGAGAGUUGUAGCUUUUUCAACCAAGGGAACUCUGACAGAUGGAUGUGAAGAUGAAAUAUCGAUGACAGAACACACUGGCCACAAAACUGUUGGAUUUCACUGGAUACUUAAUUACCAUAUUCCCUAACUGUGGAGACUUGUAGCUUUUUCAACCAAUGAAACUCUGACAGAUGGGUGUGAAGAUGAAAUAUCGAUGUUGUAAGUAUUUCACAUGUACGCUCAUGUAACCACUGAUCAGAAUAGUAUACAGAAAAUCACAUACGUUAUCUGAAGUUACAUGGUUAGGCUAUUCUACCAUGGCUAUCAUUCAUUUUCACUCUACCAGUUGAAAUUGAGCAAGGCAUGUCACAAAUGUCUUAUCUAAUCGUAGCUAUAAUAGGCAGCACCUUGCACUCUAACCAUAACCCUAACCCUCAGGUAUUCAUCUCCAUUCCUUGAUAUUGCCUACAGUCUGAUAUCAGGGCAUUGGUUUCAGUCCAGACUUCUACCGAAGCGCAAUGAAAGAAAAUAGGACUCGCUCAACUUGUUUUCCAUGUGUCACCAGAAAUACGGAGGCGUAAUGGUGGGGUUGUGUGUGGAUUCAUCUGACAGCAGUUGGCACAUCAUACUAACAGAAGAAAGAAACACUAGUGCUUGAGGAUCCAAAUGGUACAAACCCCUGGAUGUGGCUAAUUUGAGGACAAUUAUGAAAGUGAUGUUUUUUGAGUGGUCGCUUGCAAUCCUGCUCUCCAUACAGCUUUUGGUUUUAGCAUCGGAGCUGGAGAUGAUUGACUAUGAGAGUCAACACGUCACCUGCUCAAAGGGUCUCUCGAACUGCACAGUGAAGGCAUGUGCUGGGAUUCCGAUCCAAAAAUGUCCUGUGGAUGUAAAAGGGCUGGCGGUGCAGCCUGUGCUGUGCUGCAGACAGGACACGGCAUGCAGACCUUGCCUACACAUUCGCCUUGACAUCCAGCCCAGAAACGACCAGACAGCAUCGUAUGUGAGUGUGUGUUACACUGUGCCACAGCUAAUAAUGCCUCUGUGCAAAAAGCUCGAGUUCACAGUGAUCCCUGCUGCUCCGGAUGAGCAGGCUUCAUCAAAGCAGGCAUGGCUGUCACUGCUGCUUGAGUCUAAUGCCCUGUCCUUCAGCAGUCAGGUGACUGUGUAUGCUUGCAACCUUCACUCGACUGUGAUGCUUCCGUCAGUGGAUGAAGUGUGUUCAUCCGCCUCACAGGGAGUUGUAGAGGAAUGUGAAGUCCCCAGUUUCAGCACUCUAAUUGAUCCGGAGAGACGUGAGGUGAUGCUGCAAGUUGCAAUAGAAGAGGACAGCCCCUACCAACUAGAAAUGUGCCUACAACAUGAACAUAAUGGAAUGUGCAGGACCUGGAAAGAGAAGUCCCUUCCACUGCAAUCUGUCACCCCCUGCAUGUGCUUCCAGUUGUGGUGGGAUAAAGGAGACGAGAGGUCUCGUCGAUCUAGGAGCUGUCCUUUUAGGAACAACACCGAGCUGUUCCAGAGGAACCUAUGGGAGAAUGUGUCAGUAUCUGUGGUGCGGGGCCAGAUGAACAGUGGCGGUGCAAUGCUGUCCUGGAACCUGACUGCCCCCUGUAGGGUAGAGGCGGAACUGUGGCCCUGCCAGAGAGAUGCAGGCUUGGACAAGGACAGAUGCAGAGAGCUGGGGGACAUUAGGCAGCAUCUGUCAAAUGACAUAUGGAGGGAAAUUGACAGGGGACACUGGCUGAUGCCAGGUGUGUUUGAGGAUGUCAAACCUGGCCUUGAUCUCUGUGUGAUGGUGAAGGUCAAAGGGAAGAACAGUGAGCUUGGCCCCUUCUGUCCCAUUGACUCCAGAUGGUGGCACUGGCGCUGGGGUCUGCUUGUCCUGGUCACCCUGAUGCUCGUAGGCCUAGCAGGAAUUUGUCUCUAUUUCCUGCAUGGCAAACUGAAACGGUGGGCAUGGGAAUGGCACCAGAAGGAGUGUGAUCAACUACCUAUAAGGGGCCACGUGGUGCUGCUGAGCCCGCCGGAUGUGGAUAACUCUGUGUCAGAGCUGGUAUGUGAGCUUGGCUCCUCUCUGCGUGCCAGGGGCCUCAGUGUGUCCGUGGACCUGUGGAGUCGGGCUGAGUUGUGCUCUCUGGGGCCCCUGCCCUGGCUGCACUCCCAGCUGCAACCCCUGGACAGCCAGGGGGGCCGGGCCUUACUGGUACUGACGCAGGCAGCCUGGAAGAAGGCAGAGGACUGGGGCCAACAGUGGGACCAGCAUGGCCAACAGCGAAGGGACAUAGCCCAGGGAGUGGAGGAGGAGGGGGAGUAUAAGAGGCUUCUCCAGGGCUUGUCCUCCCCAUACGCGGACGUGUUCAGUGCCGCUCUGAGCUGCAUCAAGGUGGACCACCAGCAAGGGCGCGCUGGAAAGCGCUUCCUCCUGGUCCACUUUGAGGCCCAUUCUGCCAAGCCCCUCAGCAGUGAAAGGGGUCUCCCAGAGCUGUUCCAAGGGCUGCCCUUGUUUCACCUGCCCUCCCAGGGACAGGAGCUCCUCGUUCAGCUGGCCAUAGGGUCUAAAGGGCCCAGGGCUGGUGUAGGUGGAUAAGAGGGGCUGAAGGACGCUCUAUUUACGAACUGUCUAAGGGGACUCCAGGGUUUGAGGAGAGACAGUGGGAUACCUGAUGAAGGGGUUUCCCCAUAAGUAUGUUGUCAUUGGAGUGGAGAACAGCUGGGAGACUGUGCCCUUACAGCAGAGCAGUCACCCUGAGGCCUAAUUCCUCCCAACCAUCCAAGCCUGCUCACAUCAUCACCCCAACACCCCCGGCCACUCACUUUACAUUAGCACUGCAAUACACUCGACGCAACUUGUUGGAUGCAGAACCCUUGGAUUAUACUGUAUGUGGUGAUGUUAUUAAUUGGGCUAGAGUUAUUGAGAGUGUAUGAAACAACAACACAGCUGUCACCUUCCGUACACCUUGAGGAUGGACUUCUAUGUGUGACACUAUUAUAUAAGUUAGGGGAGACCAGGGAACAAAGUAACAGUUUAAGCUUUUGUUUAGUAUGAAAAUAAUAUUUGAUGUAGAGUCAUUAUCUUUUUAUACAAACACACAUAUCUUAGCUACCAUUAUACACUGUAACGAAGUUUACAAUCUGUAGAAAUUAUGAGAAUAGAAAGGUCAUCACACAGAACAGUAUAUGGCAACUAGAAAUCAAAACUGGAUGGUCUUCAGAGAUAGAUGGGAGGGGUUGAGGGUAGCUGAAGGAUGGGACUAAAAACAAACAAAAGAUAACUAAUGUAAAGUAUACUGUGUCUGUAAAAUGUAUAUACAUAAAUGAUAUAUAUAUCGUAUAUAUCAUAUAUAAAUGUGUAUAAGCUGGACGUAGAAGUCUAAGUAUUGUUGUCCAUUAGUUUACUCCAAUUAGGGGAGGGGUGGUAGGGUUAGGGGAAAAUAAUAAAUAAAUAAAAAAUAUUUAUGAAAAAAUACAUAUACAGUACAAGUC